UGCUGUGCUUCGCGAUUGCUCAUGGCAUAUCACCGCCUCACCUUGUAGACAGACAUCUUGACUGUUGCCAAGAUGGGCGCCAACGUUGAAACCGAAAGUGCAGUAGAGCAAGUCGAUACGAAGGGUGGUCUCGAGGUCACUGAAGCAUCAAACCUGGAGGGCAAUCAACCAGAUUCCCAGACACAGAGCCUCGUCGCUGAGUGCCUGCCAGAAGUCUUGGAAAGAAAGCCAUCCGUGGACAAGUUGCCAGCGUCAGUGUGGAUCGUUGCAAUUGCUGGCGCCGCAGAGCGAUUUGCCUAUUACAGCUUGUCGGCCCCUUUGCAAAACUACAUUCAGAAUGAGAGAGGGGGUUCCGCCGCCCCAGGGGCCCUGGGGCUUGGCCAGCAGACCGCAACAAAUCUGAGCAACAUGUUCCUUCUUUUACAAUUUGUUGCCCCCAUACCCUUCGCCAUUGUUUCGGACAUGCGAUAUGGGCGACAGAAAACGCUCAUGUUCAGCCUUGGCAUUUAUCAGUGCGGAAGUCUCAUACUGCUCCUGACGUCCUUGCCAAUCGCGUUGGAUAGGGGCGCGGGACUUCCGGGUCUCAUUACGGCCAUGGUCUUGAUUGCAAUUGGCGUAGCAGGAGUGAAGGCGACGCUACCCCCUUUCCUAGUGGACCAAUACAAUCGGCCAAGGGAAGCCGUCAUCAAAGUCAAAGGGAGUAAGACUCAUGUUGCGGAUCGCGCGUUAACGAUUCAGUUCAUUACGAACAUGUUCUUUUGGCUUACUAACCUCGCCGCGUUGUCUUCCCUCGCAUCCACGUGGAUUGAAAAAGAGGUUGACUUCUGGGCCUCGUACUUGAUGGGCUUCAUCUCUCUCUUCGUGACGGUGGUCCUCAUAUACUUCUGGAAGCGGAAGCUUGUCAGCAUGGAUACUCAAGGAAGUGUACUGCCACUGUCUCUCCGAGCUUUAUGGUGCGCUGCGAGACAUCGCUUCAGUCUGGAAGCCGCCUCUCCAGAUUCACAGAGAGAUAGGCACGGUAGAUCUGUGCCAUGGGACUUCAGAAUCAUAGAUGAUCUAAGACAAACAUUGACAGUUUGCAGAGUGUUGUUAUUCUCGGCGCCGUUCUACCUGGCAUACAUUCAAAUCAUGAACAACCUCAUCUCUCAAGCCGGUCAAAUGAGACUCGGAGGCAUCCCAAACGACACUAUGCAAGUCUGGAACCCCGUUGCCUGCAUCGUGCUCGGGCCCGUCAUCCAGCGUGGUCUUUUCCCCCUCCUCCGUAGAUCCGGAGUCCCGUUCGGCCCAAUCGUCCGGAUCUCGGCCGCCUGCUUCAUCAUGGGUGCAGCCAUGGCCUACGCCGCCGGUGUUCAGCACAUGAUCUACUCGCGCGGCCCGUGCUAUUCUCGUCCGCUGCAGUGCCCUGAAGCGGCGGUCCGCGAAGGCGCGUCGUCGCAAGGAACCUUGGGGAACGACAUCAGCGUCUGGGUGCAGAUGCCAGUCUGGUUCAUCCUAGCGGUGGCGGAGAUCUUAGGCUUCGCAACGAUCUCCGAAAUCGCCUACGAGCAGGCGCCGAAGGGCAUGAAGAGCGUGGUGCAGGCCGUGACGCAGUUGACUGCAGGCUUGGCUGCGGUCUUGGGUAUCGCCUUGUCACCCAUCACCAAAGACCCGACACUGGUCAUUCUGUAUUCUGUGAUUGCCGGGCUGACAGUCGUGGCAGCAUUUCCAUUCUGGUUUUAUUUCCGCACGUUGGACCAUAAAAAGGUUGACCCGGACACAAAUAGCCAACAAGCUUGAGUUGAGCAUUCGUAUAUGGCCCUUCUCGUAAAGGUAUAGAAUGGU